AUGGCCCAUCUGGGCGGUAUUGCCCAGCGCGGACCGGGCCUGCUAAUCGCGGAGGCCACCGCUGUACAAGCUAACGGUCGCAUCUCACCGGAGGACGCUGGACUCUGGAAAGACUCGCGGAUCGAGCCAUUCUGCCGCGUCGUCGAGUUCGUGCACAGUCAGAGCCAGAUCAUAGGUGUGCAGCUGGCUCAUGCGGGCCGCAAGGCAAGCACCGUUGCUCCCUUCUUGAGCAUAGGUGCCACAGCAACCGUGGAGCUGGGCGGGUGGCCCGAUAAUGUUAAGGGUCCCACUAACGUACCUUUCAACGCGAGAUUCCCCACGCCGCAGGCACUCACAUCGGCCGAGAUCGAGACAUUCAAGCAAGACUGGGUGUCCGCUGUGAAGCGUGCUGUUAAAGCUGGCGUAGACUUCAUCGAGAUUCACAAUGCCCACGGUUACAUGCUCAUGAACUUCUUAUCUCCGGCGACCAAUGGUCGUACUGACCAGUACGGCGGUAGUUCUGAGAACCGUAUCUGGCUGUCAUUGGAAGUCGCCAAGUUGACGCGUGAUAAUGUCCCCAAGGAUAUGCCCAUCUUCCUGCGCGUCUCUGCGACCGAUUGGCUUGAAGAGUCCAUCGCUGACAAGCCCAGCUGGCGCAUCGAGGAUACGGUGCGGUUUGCGCAGGCGCUAGCUGAGCACAGCGGCAUUGACGUUCUGGAUAUCAGCACUGGAGGUAAUCAUGAGAAGCAGCACAUCCAUGCCAAGUCUGCUUUCCACUCCCUAUUUGCCGUGGCGGUCAAGCAGGCCGUUGGGGACAAACUUCUGAAGAAUCCCGGUUUGGUCUGGGCUUGGGCUGAUGAUCUGAAUCUUGAGGUCUCCGUCGCAAACGAGAUCCGCUUGGGCUUCGCCGGUCGUGGUACUGGUAGUGGCCCUUAA